AAUUCUUGUUUGUUGGAGUGUGAUCAGUGUGUGUAUGUUCUGGGAGAUAGCAUUUUCGACUUCUGUUCGGAGCAAUUCAGCUUGGCGUAGGCUUCGUGUCAUCGCAACGCUUCCCCAAUGACGGAUCAGGGAUCGCUACUGCUUCGCAAGCAGCUUCAAGAGCUGAACAAAAAUCCCGUGGAUGGCUUCUCGGCCGGUCUGCUUGACGAUGAUGACAUUUACAAAUGGGAAGUGAUGAUCAUUGGCCCACCUGACACGCUCUACGAGGGUGGUUUCUUCAAGGCACACUUGUCAUUUCCCAAGGAGUAUCCUCAGCGCCCGCCCAAGAUGAACUUUCAGUCAGAUAUCUGGCACCCGAAUGUUGACCAGAAGAAUGGCGAGGUAUGUAUCAGUAUCCUGCAUGAGCCCGGUGAGGAUCGCUAUGGCUACGAGAGCGCGUCGGAGCGAUGGCUGCCCAUUCACACGGUGGAGACGAUCGUCAUGAGCGUGAUCGCCAUGCUCUCCGACCCCAACUGCGACUCGCCGGCCAAUGUCGACGCGGCGAAGGAGUACCGCGAGAACUUUGACAGCUUCAAGCGGCGCGUUCAGAGAUGCGUACGGAAAACGCAGGAAGAGAUGUGACUACACAGAUAGUCCAGGGCAGAACGCCGCUUUUAACUCCAACUUGAAUUCCCGCCCGGUCCUUUCUCGCCUGUCAUUUUCACCUGCUGCUCGGCCAGCUAUGGACAUAAUCCUUGGCUUGCGCUUUGCAUUUUUGCAUCGUGGGCGCUAAGGAGUAUUUAAACUUGCCAAUGCAGCAGCUGUGUUUAACACCCAUCGGUGUGGGCCAAAGACCCACGGGCGACAUGUUGAGCUGUUCCGCUUUUAGUUGUCCAAAUUUGCGUCUUGCUCUCUCGCUGUAGUUGUCUGCGCUCGCACCUCGCUACGCUCCCUCCGCUCUCGUGCCUCCCGUCAUGCUCUCUCUCUCUCUGUCACUCUCUCGCUCUUUCUCUCUCACACACACACACACACUCUCUCUCUCGCUCUGUCUCCCCCCCCCCUCCCUGUCUGUACCCUCAUGUUUUUAACUGUAUAUCCGCUGUUCCACGUCCGCUGUUGAUACUGCUUCAAACUCAAGAGCAGCUCGCUACAAAUCUCACAUCGCAGGUCUCCCCACCGGCGUUGUGUUGUUGUUGUGUUCUGCGGUACCGGCUUAUUUGCGUCUCAGGGUUGAUGAUUUUCUUCUUUUUUAUCUUCGUCAUAAUUAUACGGUAGCGGCGAAGUUCGAAGGAUCUCAGUUCGCUGCUGCACAAUGCCAGAGAUCCAUUGUUAUUCCUUUUCUCUCUUUGGAUAUGGGUUCACUGCAUUCUCGUGUUCCUGCUGGAUUUCUGGAUAAAAUCAUUCUUUGAUCUAUUCUAUCGGGCGUGCUGCAACGUCUCGGGCAAAAUUUGAUUGUAUAUUAAAAAUAAAUAAAAAGGUGUAUCGACAUGAGA